CGAAGGAGGAGUUUGAACACAAGCUCCGAGAAAAAACUUCCCCUGUCAGUGUCAGUGUGGGAAGCGCGUUGAGCGCUUGAGACUUCAGGUAGUCAUAAUCCUAACUCAGUACGUAACAGAAGAGAGAAACCUGCACAUUUAAACGAGGACACACUUGCUGGAGUUUUAUUCAGAUACGUGACUGAGAUAUGAUAAUGGAAAUUGGUGAAGUAUGGAUUGGUGCGUUAUUGAGCAACUUGGAGAGAGCGUGUCUACAGAAAGCGUAACCACAAGCCAUCGGAUUUGGAGAGGAAUACACUGGUGAAGAGGUGACUAUUUUCUUGCACAAGAACAGUGUGAGGUCAAUGAGAUAGGUAUGAAUAACGGCACGAUGACAGGGCACCGGGAGUGUACUAUCCCGGUAAUAAUGUUUAUUUUAGGAGUGGUGGGGAACGUCAUCGCCAUCGUUGUACUUCGAAAGUCUCGGAAGGAACAGAAAGAGAGCACCUUCUACACGUUGGUGUGCGGGCUGGCGGUGACCGACCUUUUGGGCACCCUGCUAGCCAGUCCGGUCACCAUCGCUACGCGUGUGCAAGGAAAGUGGCCUGGAGGAGAGUCCCUGUGUCAGUACUCAGGCUUCAUCCUUCUGUUCUUCUUUCUGGUUGGCCUCAGCAUUAUAUGUGCCAUGUCCAUCGAGAGAUACUUGGCUAUAAACCACGCAUAUUUCUACAAUCAUUACGUGGACCAGAGACUUGCUGCGCUGACGCUUGCGGGCAUCUACAUCUCCAACGUGAUUUUCUGCGCUCUGCCUGCCAUGGGAUUCGGUGAGGUGAAAAAACAGUUUCCAGAUACGUGGUGCUUCAUCGACUGGCGGACUAACGAAUCCACGCACUCCACUUUCUCGUAUAUGUACGCAGGGGUGAGCUCGUUUCUUAUAUUGGCGACUGUGAUAUGCAACGUGCUGGUUUGCGGGGCACUAAUUAUGAUGCACAAGCGGUUCAUCCGCAGGACAUCGUUGGGCAGGGAUCAGGGAGGACGAAUGGCGGACCUCCGGCGCAGACGGAGCUUCCAACGCUUGGCGGGUGCGGAAAUUCAGAUGGUCAUUCUACUCAUCGCUACCUCCCUGGUGGUUCUCAUCUGUUCCAUACCUUUAGUUCUGCGGGUGUUUGUGAAUCAGCUGUUCAAGGCUGAGUUUGAUGCCCGUUCAACUUCCCUAGAGAAUAAUCCUGAUCUUCAAGCCAUCCGUAUUGCCUCUGUUAACCCCAUCCUGGACCCCUGGAUCUACAUCCUGCUUAGGAAGACCGUCCUGCUGAAGCUGUUGGAGAAGAUCAAGUGGCUGUUCUGCCGCAUGGGUAGUCGCAGGAGGGGGCCAGGGGUCAGAGAUCAAUUCCACUGCGGAGCUGAUGGUCCAUCAACUUCGUCCAUCAUGUCCCGAGAUUCGCCACCACUGGCAUCACGCAAUCUGAAAAAUGUCACUAGCACUUCACAGAUGUUUCUUUGCCUUCCGGAGGGGGGGUCGGGGGAGGGGAGAAGAACAGAAGGAGACGGAAGACCUAGUCCCCCAACGGUAGAGCGCACCCUGACACAUUUACAGCUGACACCCGAGCACAAAGAGACUCAAAAGGAUGCCGAAAAGGACACCUUAGGACCCAGGAUAUCAAUGCGGUCAGAGGGAACAGCUGAGCUUUCACCCCUGAACAGAGCGCCCACAGAGAAAAAGGACAAGACUGUAAACGUGACCUUCACAAAUGAAACACUAAACUUACCGGAAAAAUGCAUCUGAAUGCAUCUGAUGCACAUAACACAAAACAAAAGUUACAGAGGGGAGGGGAAAAGCUUCUGAACACGUAACUAAAAUGUUUCCCUGAAAUACCUGUUGAUUUACCUACUAAUGCCUUUUGUGAUGUGUCACUGUUUUUCAGUUCACUUUUCCCUUUGGUUAAUCCUAAGAAAUAAAUCAAGGGGUAUAUUUAAUAUAAGAACCAACCAUUAUUUCUACCCUUUUUAAUUUGGAAUUAACUAUUUACAGUAAAUGAAGAAAUGAUGUUGGUAAUUAUAGUGGUUUAAUCAUUUGAAACAUUUACAUUAAGUGGCCACAAUAUCAUAACCAAUCAUUGACUACCUUAACAUGCACUUUUGCAAGUAUCAUGACAGAUACUGGCAGUGUACAUGAUUCAUAUUUCAAAUGCACUCCUAUCAAACUGGACACCCCCUUUUUUUUAAACUAAUUUUCCAAACCGUCCACUAGAGGCGACAAGAAUGAAAAUGAGCAUGUAGUAGAAAGUUCCUUAAAUGGCUGUAACAUGAAAUCUCUUUUUGGGCUAAUUGUAGUCAAUUUGAAAUCUGAAAAUGAUUUGCAAUAAUGUUUCAGUCCAGACCAUCCCCUAAAGAAAAAUGAGCACACAGCUUAAUGUAGUUGAUUACCCCUGAUAAAGGAGUUCCGGACAUUGUGGAUGGUUGUUUAAACCUUCUGUUCAGUGUUUUGUGUUGGGGGUUUGGGGAAGCUUAAAAGGAUCAUACCACAAACUUAAAGGAUAACACCACUCAAGAACAAUGUCACUUCCUGCAUUCAAAUGUGUCUGGGGGUCAGAUUAUAGUACGGAUAUAUAUGUACAGUAUCUCACAAAAGUGAGUACACCCCUCAUAUUUUUGCAAAUAUUUGAUUAUAUCUUUUCAUGU